AUGAUGUCUGUGGUCUUGAAGAAUAUACCUCCCCAAUGCCAUGAAGAUGACCUUCGCCGGGCGUUGCUCAUCUAUGGCACAGCCGUGAGCACGGCAAUUUCCCCUCAUAUGCGUCAGGCGACUGUGACGAUGCGAACGCCGCAAGAGGCACGGUCUCUUCUUCAUCAGGGAUGCAUCAAUCUUUUUGGCCAAAAUGUGACGGUGGAACCAGCGCCUUAUGGCAGCAACGGUGUUGCGCCGGCAAUGAUGGCCCCGCACCUCGGUGCAACACGGAUCAAUGUUGUGGUGGAAAAAUGUACAUAUCCGGUGACGAAGGAGAUAUUGACCCAAGUCUUUGGGAUGGUGGCCCCACCUCUAAACGUUGUCUGUGGCCCUUCUGGCCCCACCACCACAGGCUGGGUGGAUUACUCCGAUGCCGCCACAGCUCGACGAGUGAUGCAGCAACUAAAUAAGAAUUCGAUUUAUCCUGAAUGUUGUUUUAUGUCUUUAACACUUGAUCGUGGCGGUGUUGGUGUCCCUACGAUGGGAGGAUAUGCCACUACUCCAUUGCCGUACCCACAAAAACAAAGCCCUCAGCAACCACCAAUGCCACCACAGCAACCGAUGCCGUUUGGUCAUGCAAACUACGGGGCUAUGCCUGGUUCUUUAAUCCCGCGGGGUGGAAUGGGUGGCCGUGGCCGUGGCCGUGGUGGUGGAAUGGGACGCUACGGCCCCCCAUAUGCUGCCGGUGGCCCAAUGGCACAUCCCCCAUACGCUGUCGCUGGUGCCCCGUACGCCCAGCCUCCCACCGAUGCUGUGGUCAUUGUCAGCAACAUGCCAGAAACGGUUGCCCUUCAUGAUUUGUGGGUUCUUCUUGAGGUAUACGGUAAUGUGAAUUCACUCAAGCGUCAAUUCAGUUCAAAGACUACCGUUGUUGCGCAUUUUCAAAACGUCUACGACGCUCGUCUUGCCGUUCAGUAUCUGCAAGGAUGCCCAUUUCAUGGUGCCACGCUUUCACUGAAGCAUUUUGCUGGUUACGUAGAACGUGGUGGAAGGACCGAGUGGAACAGUGGCCCAGCGACGGACCCCGCCACACAUGCCGUGCUCUUUUCAAGUGGGUACCAUCACCGAACAAAACCGACCGCCGCUUUUAACCCUACCGGACGCGUCCGUCCAGGGAAAAAUCUGUUCAUCUCCAAUCUUACCGAAGCCAUCACGGAUGACGAUAUUAAGGAGGUGUUCACCAAGGCCGGAUUUGAACUGGAUGGCUAUUACCGCAAGAAUUCAACCGUCGCUAUUGUUAGCUUGAGAGAUAUAGAAACCGCAGUACAGGCCCUGAUCUCGGUGCACUCCCAGCAGCUGAAGGAGCGCUUCCUACGUGUGACAUUUUCGCACUUUCCACCGGGCCCACGCAGCAGCGGCGAAGAGGAAACUGAAGCCUCUCCAGCUGAGGUGAAGGAACCGGCUGCGGAGGACCCAGCUGCAGAGAAUGAGGCGGGCAAAUUGAAUGAGCCUAGCAAUGGUUGCGGUUUCGCUAAGAAAUGA